UAUCAAUUCCUUUCAGAAGCUUCUGGGAUCAUUAUUUGAAAUGAUAGGACAGCACAGAGGGGGCUUUUCUUAUCGGGUCUAAAAAUGAAUUCAUUCUCUGUUCAACAGGAGGACGGUUGGCUAAGGUGAAGUAAUCCUCUUGACCUUUCAAAGGGCGUGCCACCUGCAUGUGUCACCUGAAUGUAGAUCCUGAAUGUGAAAGACAAACGGGAACUCGCAGCAGCCUGCCGCAGAGACAAUGGGGAAAUUGCCACGUCUGAAGCUCACGGUUUGUUUUAGAGUUUCAAGACUUUGCUCACGGAAAGCUAUGUUGCGGGAAAAUGAAGACAAAGCGAUGAAAGCUUCGAGAGUUUGUUCCCACGGAUCUUCAAGUCGGCACGUGUCCGCGUCCUCUGUCAGAGUGAUGAAGCCAGGCGCACAUGUCAAACAUCUACACUGGUUGCACAUACUUCCUCUGGUGGUCCUUUUGGCAGCACAGGCUUCAUGUAAUGAAACAUCUGCUGCUCCAUUCAUUACUACAGAAAAUGCCCAGACAUCAGUGCACUACUUUGUCGAUGUCACUGUGGAUGCGGAUGAACUGAAGAACGAAUCACAAAUCAUUACCUGGCUGAACCAGGUGUUUCAAAACGAGCUGCAGAAAUGUGUGUUUCUAAACCAGACAACUGUGCCAACCCCUCCACAAAAUUCAAGUGCAAGUACUUCAAACGCAACUACAGCUGCAGAAAACACAACGUUACCAAACAACAACACAACAUUACAGAGUAACAUCACAACUACAGCUGCAGAAAACGCAACGUUACCGAACAACAACACAACGUUACAGAGUAACAUCACAACUACAGCUGCAGAAAACACAACGUUACCGAACAACAACACAACGUUACAGAGUAACAUCACAACUACAGCUGCAGAAAACACAACGUUACCGAACAACAACACAACGUUACAGAGUAACAUCACAACUACAGCUGCAGAAAACACAACGUUACCGAACAACAAUACAACGUUACAGAGUAACAUCACAACUACGGCUGCAGAAAACACAACGUUACCGAACAACAAUACAACGUUACAGAGUAACAUCACAACUACGGCUGCAGAAAACACAACGUUACCGAACAACAAUACAACGUUACAGAGUAACAUCACAACUACAGCUGCAGAAAACACAACGUUGCCAAACAACAAUACGUUACAGAGUAAUAACACAACUACAGCUGCAGAAAAGACAACGUUACCAAACAACAACACAACGUUACAGAGUAACAACACAACUACAGCUGUACCAACCACAACAUUACAAAUUAACAACACAACUACAGCUGUACCAACCACAACAUUACAAAGUAACAAUACAACUAUAGCUGUACCAACCACAAUGUUACAAAGUAACAACACAAUUACAGCCGCACCAACCACAACAUUACAGAGUAACAACACAAAUGCUGCAGAACCUACAAAGUCACAGAGAAAUGUCACAACUACAGCUGCAACACCAAGUGAAAGCACCACCACCACAACAACAACAACUGCAAGCACCACCACAUCUACACCUGCAACAACUGCAAGCACCACCACAACUACACCUGCAACAACUGCAAGCACCACCACAACUACACCUGCAACAACUGCAAGCACCACCACAACUACAAUUGCAACAACUGCAAGGACCGCCGCAACAACACCUGCAACAACUGCAAGCACCACCACAACUACACCUACAACAACUGCAAGCACCACCACAUCUACACCUGCAACAACUGCAAGCACCACCACAACUACACCUGCAACAACUGCAAGCACCACCACAACUACAAUUGCAACAACUGCAAGGACCGCCACAACAACACCUGCAACAACUGCAAGCACCACCACAACUACAACAACUGCAAGCACCACCACAACUAGACCUGCAGCAAUUUCUUUGCUCAGCACGGUGGGAAGCCCCCCCCCUACAGGGGAUCUGACUUCGUCAAACGUGGUGCGUGUAGUUCGAGCAAUUAGGAGCCCUAAGAGAAAAACCAGAGCAAUCAGUGGAGACCUCUCAACUGGCCUAUUUCAAGGAAUUGAAGUUACAUGUGCCUUAAAGACUUUGAUAAGAAGCACCAACUGUUCUGUGAUGCUGCAGCUGAAGCAGAAGGUCCCUCCGUGUUGUAUCCUUCAGACGCUCUGUGCGGCCAGUAGAGCACCUUCUGACAUCCAUGCGGUGGGGAAAACAGUAGGAAUUAGUCCUCUACAAAAUGGGUGCAGUAGUGACGUUCUUGACAGUUGCACGUAUACUGGUCCACCUGGUGCAGCAUGUGACUUGUCCGAGACUGCAUAUGUGGUUCCUCAGCGCAACUCAUCUCACUGUGGUGCAGAUAACAACACCUGCAACUGUUCUGCUUCCUGCAAAGGAACUGCUGCAUACUACACUUUUCAAAUAUCAAAUCAAAAUUCAGAGACGAACUUCCCAACAUUAACGUCAUCGGUCAUUGGCAUCCUGGAUUUGCUAAAACAACAUAAAAACUGUCCUUCGGAUGUUUCAUGUCCGUUAUCCAUUAUUGCUACUGAAUUCAAGGAUUCGGAUGUGGAAUGUGAAAUAUCCGCACCAAACUGCAUGGUGAUUUUAGGCUUUCUCAGUGAGGUUCCUAUCUGCAACUUGUCCACCGCCGUGUUGGGUUUGUUUUCUUCACAAAUGAACCUGACUUUCAGCGGCCGAGUGACUCGAGCAGCAAUUUGUGGGAAUUCAAUAGUCAGCGGCAGUCCACUAACAUCCACCUUCAACUGGACGAGCCUUAACGUAAAGCCUGCUUCCUUUUGUGCAUCAAUCGGAAAUUCUGGCAUCCUCAAUUGUCAAGGUGGGAAUGUGAUUGUGCAGCUGGACGAGCAGUGUGCCGGAGGCCGCCUCACCACACAAAGCCCGAAUGUGACAACCACACAACCCUCCAAACUGAACACAACAGCUCCGACCACUAACGCCACAGUGACAGCCGAAGGCCGAGCCAACGAACUGCUCGAGCUCACCCGAGACGUGUCCAGCCUGAACUCCAGCCAGGUGUCUCAGCUGGUGUCUCAGCUGGAGGGUCUUCUGUCCGGUCCCAACGUCAGCCUGGCGCUGGGCAACACCUCGGUCCGCAUCGUCAGCAAUCUGCUGGGAGCCUCUCCCCAGGUGCUGGCCAACUCCUCCACCAGGAUUAUAAGGAUUGUCGAUACAGUCGGGUUAAAGCUGGUGCUCGAUGGAAAGGUUGAGACCCUUCUGUCGCCGGCUGUGGCUCUGUCUGUGAAACCAGUAGAUGGCGCCAACUUUCAGGAAAUCGUUUUCUCCAUCUCAGACCCCAAUAAUGUACAGGUCCGUGGGAAUCCCAGGCUGAGCAGGAGCCUGAGAGCCGGCUCCUCCGUCCCUCAGGGCUCCGUCACGUUGCCCCCGUCUCUCACUCAGGGCCUGACCAUCGAGGAACAGCGGCUGGCCAACAGAGUGCAGUUCAAUUUCUACCAGAAGAGCACAGUGUACCAGGACAAAGCUUUGGGAAACCGCCGACUCAACAGUGGGAUCCUUGGAGCGAGCGUGGCCAACCUGUCACUCGCAAACCUGCGGAAUAAUGUUAUAAUAAACUUGACAAACUUUGAGCCGGUUCCAGCUAAUUAUGAAGCUGUAUGUGUUUUUUGGGACUUCACGUUAAAUAACGGAUCAGGUGGUUGGAAUCCAAGUGGCUGCGUACUUCAAAACGGCUCCGACAAUGUCACAACAGUUUGUGGAUGCAACCAUUUGACAGGUUUUGCCAUCCUGCUGGACCUCUCCAGACAGCCUUCAAUUAGUCAAGAACAGGCCACCAUCCUUUCUUUCAUCACAUAUAUUGGCUGUGGAAUCUCUUCCAUCUUCUUGUCUAUCACCCUCCUCACCUACUUGGCCUUUGGGAAGUUGCGGAAGGACACUCCAUCCAAAAUCCUGAUCCAGCUGUGCAUGGCCCUGCUGCUGCUCAACCUGGUCUUCCUGGUGGACGCGUGGCUGGCGCUCUACACAGACACCUUGGGCCUGUGCAUCUCCACGGCCUGGUUCCUCCACUACUUCCUGCUGGUUACCUUCACCUGGAUGGGACUAGAGGCCGUCCAGAUGUACCUGGCCCUAGUGAAAGUCUGGAAUAGCAACAUAUCGCGCCUCAUGGUGAAGUUCUCGCUGGUCGGCUGGGGCGUGCCGAUGAUCGUGGUCAUCAUUGUCAUUGCGAUUGACAAGAACAACUACGGCCUCAUCUCCUAUGGAAACCUCGCCAACGGCACUACCGAUGGCUUCUGCUGGCUGAAAAACGACAUCGCUUUCUAUGUAUCAGUGGUGGCCUAUUUCUGCGUUGUUUUUCUUUUCAACCUGGCCAUGUUCAUUGUGGUGUUAGUGCAACUGUGCCGGAUAAAGAGGCAGAACCCUCACAACGUGCAACACCACACCACGCUGCGGGAUGUGCGCAGUGUGGCGGGGAUAAUGAUCCUCCUGGGCCUCACCUGGGGCUUUGCCUUCUUCGCCUGGGGCCCCCUUAACCUGCCCUUCAUGUACCUCUUCGCCAUCUUUAACUCCUUGCAAGGUUUCUUCAUAUUUGUCUUGUACUGUGCGAUGAAGGAAAAUGUGAGGAAUCAGUGGAGGACCUACCUGUGCUGCGGCAAAAUGAGACUAGCGAAGAACUCGGAAUGGAGUCGCACUGCAACACAGAGGACUGGGAAGCAGGAAUCCUCCGGUACCAGAAUGAGAUCCCUUCAUUCCUCAACGUCCAACAACAACUCAUCCAGCUCCUCGUCCUUCCUCGUCAGUGACUCCUCGGAGCGGAUCAAUGGCAUCGGCAGCCCAUUUGACGACAGAACCAUCACAGCAAAUGAAGACCCCACAACGGAUGUGGUCCUCAACGAGAUCAACAGCCAGUACAGAAACCAACAAGCGCCCUGAUCUGAAAAGAACAAUUUGUCCAAUGAAGAACGAGUGAGAGGGCAGCUGGGUCAUUUACAUGCAGGGCUGUGCGGUAUAAGUUAGGUGACUUAGCUGUAUGUAGAAAAACAAUUAAUACGACACAAAAAAAACUAUUUUUAUUGCAAACUUGGCAACACUAGCAGCCACAACCACUAACUCGCUAACCAGCGGCCGGUUGCUAGCGAGGUGACCAGCUGAUCUGCGGCACUUUUGUUGUCAAUUUAUUAAUGUUCACUCGAAAAAAAUAAAAAAUACUGUGACACCGUCCAAAUCUUACAAAAUACCGUGAUGGGAGUUUUUGACCUUGCCAAAUCCCUACGGUGGGCCUUGGCUGAUUUAUUUGAUGGAGACGUGAAAGAAUUGCAGCCGUUCAAUGAGCGCUUUUAGUGAAUCUAAUUUUGAAGCUUGUAAUAUAAUGUUGGUAUAGAGUCAUUUAUGUCCUGUCCGUCUGCAUAUGCUUGUACAACUUACCUACAUUAUUAAUGGCACUUGAUUUUGCACUUUUCUAUAUUAUAAUAUGCAUUUUAAACAAGGAACUUAAAAAACAUUUUUUCAGUGGUAUUAAAUGAAGGAGUAGUUUCUCAAUGGUAUGUUACAAAAAUACUGGAACAAGACAACAAAUGUGUACAAGUUGACUGAUUAUUACUUUUUUGUCCAAUCAUUUUAAGAAUUCUUCAUUCUUUGCAAAAGAUUAGCAAUUAAUCAGUCUGCAGGCUAUUUUUAACAUUGUGCCGAGUUUACAAUUCAAAGGUUAUUAAGCCUGAAAAAGUAUAGGGCACAGCAAAGCAUAUUACACCGAUUAAUGAAUAUUACAUUAUGUGUUUAAAUAAAAUUAUAUUGUGGUAUAAUACUAUAUUGAAGCAUACGGCUUACGGCUCUUAUUCAAUUGUUUAGUAAAUAAUAUGGACAUAUAGAAUCGCAAUAUAUUUGAAUGGCGUCGUUGAUUUGUAUUAAUUGCAUUUUCUUCAGAGAAAAACAAUCUACACAUGGUCCCCAAAAAACACUUUAAUUGUGGAAGUCACAGCAAGUGUCUCAAGUGGGAUAGAACAGAUUUGGGUGGAAUUAUAUUGAAUAAAUAACUGUAACUGACUCUUACAGGGUUGAUAACGCGUAAAC